GGCCGCCGUCGAGCUCAGUCUACCUGCAACGCGCGCCGAGACAGGCCGUACUGACUCCGCUCCCACCGGCUGUGAUAGUGAUAGUGGUUGUGAUGCUGUGAUAAGAAGUGUUUUUAUAACCAUUAACCGGACGAGUGCAUGUCGUAGUGGUGGUACGGUUGAGUGUCGGGAUCGCGUGUGUCAGAGCGGGAUAAGGUUUUGAAUUGUGACGCUGUGUCUCGGAGACUUCAACAGGCCAUGUGCAAGUGUUCCUUUGUGCGUGUGGCCUGCGUCGCCCUCGCACUCGCGGCGGCCUCUCUUGCUCAAGAGUACAGCGUAGAUGAACCAAACAACGGUGACGUUGUCUUUAAUGGAGUUCAGGGUUCUGACGUCUCAUUGAUCUUCGAUGCCUCGGAAAUUGUUGUAAAUCCAGGAGAGCAGUUAGAUUUGAAUUGUGGAUUCAAAGGACAGUAUCGCCACUGCAUCUGGGAGCUUGAAGGAGCUAAGCCUAUCCAGGUACAAGAUGUUUAUGAGAAUGUCCAUCCUGGAAUGAGCAAGCCAGUGGAAUCAGAAGGAAAUGAAUGCGGAAUUGUCAUAAAUUCUGUCAGUACUGAACAACAUGGCAUGUGGACCUGCAGAGUGUUCAUCACUGGAAACUCACUUGAAGGAUCAAAAAAUGUUAUUGUAACUGUAAAGCCAACAUACCCAGUUUUAGAGGUAGAUAACAAUCAGCUUCUGGAAGUAAACAGUGAUGAAGAGACGCCAGUCAAGUGUGUGGUUGCUGCAGCCAGACCAGCUGUGGGUAUUCGCUGGUUCUUAGGAGACAGAGACGUCACUGUCAUGGCAGAAACUGAAGAAACCCCAACUGACAAUGAAGGCAUGUAUAAAAGCAUAUCAACUCUGCGACGAACCUUUGAGCCAAUGGAAAAUGGAAUGAUGCUGACGUGCAGUGUGUCUCACAAGACUCUGAAUGUGCCUGAGAAUGCAAGCAUUUCUUUGAAUGUUGUCUUCAAACCAGUUGAAAAGCCUGUUAGCACCUACUACCAGAUUCGUCCAGGCUCAGACUACGAAGUAAAAUUGAAUUUCUCGGCCAACCCACCUCCCAUUAGGAAGGAGUGGAGGUAUGGAGACAGCUUCCAGAACAUUGCUGUCUCCAUUGAGAUCCCUGGUGCCAAAGACCACUAUGAGACAUACAUGGAGGAAUUAGGCAACGGAAUGUACACUGCUACCUUAAGGAUUGCUGGGUUCAAGGAGGAAGAUGCAAAUCAACGUUACUUGUUGGUUGUAGAGAAUGAGCUUGGAGAAACGGAAUACAAAGUGCGGCUAUCAAUGGAUGAUGCUCCAAAAGAUGGUGACUCAGAAACUCGCGACCAUGACAAAAAUCCAUCCACAGAAUAUUCAGUGUCUGAAGGUAUUGUUUUCGAUGAUGAUACGAUGUCAAAAACCCUGAGUGGAGGAGCGGUCGCAGGCAUCGUGAUUGUUGUGCUGAUUAUUGUUGCUGCCAUUGGAGCUGCAGCUUACGCACGGUAUCGCCAGAUGUUCUGCUUUGCUCCUGUAGUCACCCCUGAUCCUGAGGAAGGCAAGGAAACCAAAGAAGAACACAGCGACACUGAGAGUGCAAGAGGGGCAAACACUACACGUGCAGCCAACCUCAAGAAUAGCCUUGGAAGACUGACACAGGUGUUCAAGAAGCCUAAGAAAGAACAGGAGACCAAAUUGGAAAAUAUUGGUGAUGAUGAGAAAAGGUCUCUGACCACUGAUGAACCUAAAAAGGGAAGCCCAAUCAAGGAGCAGAAUGUUGAUGAUAAAGAGGUGGUGUAUGCAGAGCUAGACCUUGGCAAGAGCGAAUCUGAUAAAAAAACAGAAGUGAAAGCCGAAGACAAAACGGAGUACGCGCAGAUUGUUGGAACUGUGACAGACAACCGAGAAGACGAGAAAAAGGAGUAGAACCUUCCUUUGAAGACAAUUAGACAUUUGAUAUUGCUGUAAUAAGGAAGCAAUGAUGCUCAUUUUUAGACCGAUAUAAAUGUCUCAUAGACAAACUUUGUAAAUUCUGGAUUUUUGACACCAGACUUGCUGUCCUGGAUUUCUUGAUUCUCUUUUAUAAGAGUGAUUAGAUGUAUUUUAAUUUGAAAUGUUAUUGAUUUCCUUCUACAUUAUUUCUUCUUGAACUGAAUUUUCUUUUUAUUCUAUUAAUGUGUAUUGUGUAUUCUGAUUUAUUUUUAGGCUAAAAAAAAGGAUACUUCUUUCACAGAAGAAUAAAUGUAAAUUACAUUAAAUGUGCUUUCAAGUAAUGUAAGUGAAAUUUUUGAUGAUACAGUGCUGAUGCUAAUUCAGUUAUAAAAUUUAUUGUAAUCAAUCACAGGAAAAUAUUUGAAUUGAGUAUGCUCUUCAAAAAAAAAAUAUUGGAAUAAUCUAAGGCAUGCUUCCAUCUGAAUUGCAUUUAUUAGCAUUGUAUUGUUCAGUGAUCAUUGUACUCAGCAUAUCUAAAUCCAUAUGCCAUUUGUAAUUUUGUUUUAACAACACACUGGUUAAGAAGAAGAAAAAAAAUCCUGAACCCAGUUAUGACCCAGUUAGUAUGUUGCUAGAGCACAUUGAUUUCUCGUAGUUAUAUGUAGAUUGUAAUAUUCAAGAUCUCACAGUAGAUUUCCUUUUUGUAAGAUGAUUAAUUUUUACCAAAUUGAUUAGAUUUAAAUUUCAUUGGUUCACUGUAUCCAUUCCUUUGCAUGUCAGGAUUUUAGGCAAAAACUAAAUCUAAAUGAUGUCUAGUGUUCACAUAGCUUUUUAAGUGUUAGCUGACAGGUUGGAUUGUUCUUAAUAUUUUUGAACUUGGUGAGAAUGUUAUGUAUUGUGCGAUUGUCAGCCUAAUGCCUCUUCACUCUGGGCUUAAGGUGCGUCUGACAAAUCUUAGGUUUAUUUCUGUACCUGAUGUAGAAGCUUCAAAUGCUUAAGUACUUUUAAUGAAUACACUAUCAACUAAAAUAGGAAGGCAUGUAAAUCAUAAACCGUAGAAAGCAAGAGAUGUUAUUUCAUAUUUCAGCAUUUUAGAGGAAAUGAAUAUUAUAGGUGUUUUACACUAUUAUAAGUGAAUGGAAUCUGCUGUUGAACUCUCAGCUCUAUUUAUUUUUGCAACAAAAUGUAUAUUAUAGCAGCAUUAAGGAAAGGAUCUUCCAUAUGUGAGUGAAACAUUAUCCAGUUGUGUUCAGCAGUAUACAUAGUGACUUAGUGUUUCUUCAUAUUUUUGUAAGGACAAAUACUGCUUUAGUAAUAGCAGUAUGUCAUUUAGAGGUAUCAUCAGUCAUUGGGUGCUGCUAGUCUCAAUAUAAAGCACUUCUCAAAAAGGACAUACCAAUGGCAAGCAUUACCCAGGAUAAUGCCAGUGUGUACUGUAGUGUAGCCAGUUCACCAGAAUUUGGUAAUCACUAUAUUUGUAAAUAUUUUACUGUGUAUAUGCUGACAAACACUCAUCUCUAGUGUAAUUUUUGUAUUAUGUUUGUCUACUCUGCAACAUGGUUCACUGUGAA